GCGGCGGCAGGGCCCAGCGAGGAGCCAUGGAGGGGCCAGGCCAGGACGUCUACGAGGACGUGAUGAGGAAAAACCUGGACCCUGAAGGCUACGAAGACCCUGGCAUACGGACAUCAUCCAUCUCACUGGGGGAGAUGAGCAGUGAGUGGCUGCGCGGUCUGCUGGGGGGCGCUGAGAUGCACGGCGUGGCCGAGCCCCUGCUCCCCGGCAAGGUCCCCAAGGACGCCGAGGCCUCGCUGGUGCUCGUGGGCUCCGUGCCCGCCCUGGAGCAGCCGGCGCUGGCCUUCAUGCGCCUGAAGGAGGCGGCGGUGCUGGACGCGGUGCUGGCGCGCUACCCCAAGUAUCUCAGUGACAUCACGGACGCCCUGAACCCCCAGUGCUUGGCCGCCGUCAUCUUCAUCUACUUUGCUGCCCUGUCACCCGCCGUCACCUUCGGAGGCCUGCUGAGUGAGAAGACCAACGGCAUGAUGGGGGUGUCGGAGCUGCUCAUCGCCACGUGCGUGCAGUGCGUCCUCUUCAGCCUGCUCAGCGCCCAGCCCCUGCUUGUCGUCGGCUUCUCGGGGCCCCUGCUCGUCUUCGAGGAGUCCUUCUUCACGUUCUGCGAGAGCAACGACAUGGAGUACAUCGUGGGCCGCGUCUGGGUGGGCUUCUGGCUCAUCCUGCUCGUGCUGGUGGUGGUGGCCUGCGAGGGCAGCAUCCUGGUGCGCUACCUGUCCCGCUACACCCAGGAGAUCUUCUCUUUCCUCAUCUCCCUCAUCUUCAUCUUCGAGACCUUCGACAAACUCUUCAAGAUCUUCAAGGCCCACCCGCUGCAGCGUCACCACAACGUGACGCCCACGCUGCACCCCACGGCCAUCCCCGUGGAGGAGCCCAACACGGCGCUGCUCUCCCUGGUGCUCAUGGCCGGCACCUUCUUCCUGGCGCUCUUCCUCCGCAAGUUCAAGAACAGCGCGUUCCUGCCCGGCAAGGUCCGGCGCUUGAUCGGAGACUUCGGGGUGCCCAUUUCCAUCUUCGUCAUGGCGCUCGUUGACUUCUUCAUCAAGGACACGUACACGCAGAAACUGAAGGUGCCCAAAGGCCUCGAGGUGACCAAUGCGGCCGCCCGCGGCUGGUUCAUCCACCCCUUGGGCAACCAUAAGAUCUUCCCUAUCUGGAUGAUGUUCGCCUCUGUGGUGCCAGCCCUCUUGGUCUUCAUCCUCAUCUUCCUCGAGACGCAGAUCACGACCCUCAUCGUGAGCAAGCCCGAGCGGAAGCUGGUGAAGGGCUCGGGCUUCCACCUGGACCUGCUGCUCAUCGUGGGCAUGGGCGGCGUGGCCGCGCUCUUCGGCAUGCCCUGGCUCAGCGCCACCACCGUGCGCACCAUCACGCACGCCAACGCGCUCACCGUCAUGAGCAAGGCCUCGGCCCCCGGCGACAAGGCCCAGAUCCUGGAGGUCAAGGAGCAGCGCAUCAGCGGCUUCCUGGUGGCCGUGCUCAUUGGCAUCUCCAUCCUCAUGGAGCCCAUCCUGAAGUACAUCCCUCUGGCCGUGCUCUUCGGCAUCUUCCUUUACAUGGGCGUCACCUCCCUCUUCGGCAUCCAGCUCUUUGACCGCAUCCUGCUCAUGCUGAUGCCACCCAAGUAUCACCCUGACGAACCCUACGUCAAAAUGGUGAAGACCUGGCGCAUGCACCUCUUCACCUUCACCCAGAUCGUCACCCUGGCCGUGCUAUGGGUGGUGAAGUCCACGCCGGCCUCGCUGGCCUUGCCCUUCGUCCUCAUCCUCACCGUGCCCCUCCGGCGCUUCCUGCUGCCCAGGAUCUUCCAGGACAUCGAGCUCCAAUGCCUGGACGCUGACAGCGCCACCGUCACCUUGGACGAGGUGGAGGGCAAGGACGUGUACGACGAGGUGCAGAUGCCCAGCUAA